GUUCCGUGGUGAAGUAAUCUAGUUGGGAAGGUACUUUUGAAGCACAGUUUUUGAGUCGCCAUUCGUUGAGUAUAUAGUUUUGAGCAGCGAUCUUUAGUACGGGUAAUGUCUUCCUUGUGGAAACCGUUUUCAGUGUCCGAAGGACCGUGUAAUAGCAUUAGCUUGAGACGAAGAUGCUCCCAGCAAUCGCAUCCCGCUACAUUGACCCCGAGUCCAGCCCCGCGUUUGGCUGCCGGGUCUGGGGCGGCGGUGUCGAGUUGCUCCCCGAAAAUCUGCGGCUGGGGUUCGCCGAAGAGAACGCUCUCAGCGGCGGCGAUCGGUGGGAGAAAAAUAACCCACCCGGGGAAGGCAAUUUUAGCAGGAGGGAUCGCGGGGGGCAUUGAGAUAUGCAUAACCUUCCCCACAGAGUAUGUGAAGACACAGCUACAGCUGGACGAGAGAGCCAACCCGCCCAGAUACAGGGGAAUAGGAGACUGUGUCAGGCUAACGGUGCAGGAUCAUGGGCUAAGAGGACUGUACCGUGGUCUUAGCUCUCUGCUGUAUGGGUCUAUUCCGAAGGCUGCAGUCCGCUUUGGAACCUUUGAGUUGCUAAGUAACCCCAUGCGGGAUGCUAGCGGUCGCCUAGACAACACCCGCAGCCUGCUGUGUGGACUCGGGGCGGGCGUGGCAGAGGCCGUCCUCGUCGUCUGCCCCAUGGAGACAGUGAAGGUGAAAUUUAUUCAUGAUCAGUGUUCCCUGCAGCCGCGGUACAGAGGAUUCUUCCACGGGGUGCGGGAGAUCGUCAGAGAGCAGGGAAUCCGAGGGACUUAUCAGGGACUGACAGCGACUGUACUGAAACAAGGCUCCAACCAGGCCAUUCGCUUCUAUGUCAUGAACUCGCUACGCAACUGGUAUAAGGGUGAUGACCCCACGCGGGAAAUGCACCCCGUGGUGACGGCGGCGUUUGGGGCGACAGCCGGCGCGGCGAGCGUGUUUGGGAACACACCCCUAGACGUGGUCAAGACCAGGAUGCAGGGGUUGGAGGCUCAUAAAUACAAGAACACUGUGGACUGUGCUUUUCAGAUACUGCGCAAUGAGGGGCCACAAGCGUUCUACAAGGGCACGGUUCCUCGGCUGGGUAGAGUAUGUCUGGACGUGGCCAUUGUCUUCGUCAUCUACGAGGAGGUUGUUAAGAUGCUCAACAACGUCUGGAAGACGGACUGAAGGAGGGAGAGAUGGAGAGGGAGGAGAGAGAGAGAACGAGA